CUUGGUACUUCUGGUAUUAAAUGUGUAUCUCUUCAUAUAGAUGUGUGACUAUCAAUGUGGCAAUUCAUAAGAACAAGAAGCAUUUUGAGCUCCUAAAUUGCUGGCAGUGUUGUGGGUUUUCUCCAUGGCAAUAACCAAGCUACUCAUCAGGGAAUUGUAAUUGUCAAAGUUUCUUCUAUGCCAGAAAAGAAAAAAAAAGAAUGGACACUCUCUACAACUGUAUAUAUAUAUUCACACAGGAAUUGAGAUAGAACAGUGUGUGAUAACACCCUCCCAACUCUAUAGUUUAUGUCACUACAUUUAAGAUAACAUUGCUGUGGGAUAUUUUUUUUAAAACAUGCAAUUUCUUCCAGAUUUUGAAUCCUGUUAUGAAACUCUUAAAACAAUAAGCAUAGCUGUUUGGUCAGAGGCUUGCUUCCCAACUGCAUGGUUCAGGGUUCAGUCUCACUGCAUGGCACUUUGGUCGACUGUCUUCUUCUAUAGCCUCAGUCUGACCAAAGCCUAGCGAGUGGAUUUAGUUGAGGGAAGCUGAAAGAAACCCAUCAUUUUUAUAUGUAAGAAGCUUUAAAUUUUAUCAAAUGAGAAAAAAACCCAUGAAGCCAAGUUGUGGCUGAUGCUGGUGUCAUGCAAAUGCCACCCCUGGCAUUAGCACUUUAGAGCACCCAUUACACUCGGCAUCCAGCCAUAGAAAACAUGCCAAAUGAGACCAAUGUUUGAGUAAAUAAAAUCAUAACAUAAACAAUUAGAUGUAAGAAAUAAUAAUUUCUUAAAGUAUGUGUUAAUCCCCAAACUUUGUGGACACCUUGUACAUAUUGACACAUACUUUUUAAAAAAACUUGAAAUUUCGAAAAAAAAAAUUAUGAUAUAUGACAAUAUUUAUGAAUACGAGCCAACGAAAUUUCUUUUGUUUUUCGUAUUAAAUUCCGAUAUAAUCGUAUUCUACAUAUUCACGAAGGUGGUUGUAGAAAAAUUUCAUAGAAAACUUUUUCGUUCGUUCUGAAAAUUAUUAGAAAACAAAGUUGGCUGUUGUAAAUUUCAACUUCCCUCCCGCCUUCGGUAAAACGAUUUUUUAUCACAACAAAUUUCAAUUCAGUCGUAAUCUACAGCAUCUGAAGCAUAUUUGUUGAUAAUUUCAUUAGAAAAUAUCCAUUUUUUUCUGGCGGUCCAGGUAAUCGACUUAGGCCCCUCCCCUGGAAUUGCUGGCCUUGUGCCAAAAUGUGAAACCAAUAUUUCAUACGCAUGCGCACUAACUUUAAUUCCGCCUUCAUUCUUGGAGAUAAACAAGUCUGAUUCCUGUAAUUUUCUUGAUUAAUUACAUCCCGAACACAUUUAUAAUACAUUUCUCUACCACCUGACAUACUUAUAACAACAACACUAUCCUUUAUAAAAACAUUUCCAAUAUCAGAUGACAUUGGAAUAACAGAAGAUACAUUCUCAUUAUUUAUCAUCUUUUAAAGACCAAAAGAAGAUAUUCUACAGAACAGAUAUAUAAGAUUGUUUCUAUAAGUCUAUGGUAGAAUUCCUCUGAUAUAUUUACUCUGAAAUGUGUUAUUAGCAAACUUUGUGGACAUCACCUGCUGGAGUGUCUACAAGAUGAGUCUGGUUGCAAAUUAAACUAAAUUUACUACAGAGUUUUGGGACAAAGGUAACAAUGGACAGAAAUACAGCUGUUAAAAUAUUUGUAAACAGAAGAUUAUUAAUGCAAAAAGAAAAACAACAUAUAUCGUGAUUUUCGAAGAAAAAUAAUGGAAAAGAGUGAGAAACUAAAGGAACGGAAUUUUCCAGAAGAUAGAGAAAAAGGAAGUCAAAAAUUGUCACAUGACUGUGAUGUCUGUAAAAAGUCUUUCUCUCGAAAGAAUCACUUGACUCUACACCAACGUAUUCAUAGAAUGGAGAAGCCAUUUCACUGUGACAUCUGUGGUAAAUCAUUCUCUCAAAGUAACAACUUGAGUAUACACAAAUGUAUUGAUACCGGAGAGAAAUCUCAUCAUUGUGAUGUCUGUUUUACAUCAUUCUCUCAACGAAGUGCUUUUAAUUUGCACAUGCGUUUCCAUACAGGGGAGAAGCCAUUUCACUGUGACAUCUGUGGUAAAUCAUUCUCUCGAAAAGGUAGCUUGGCUACACACAUACGUACUCAUACCGGAGAGAAACCUUAUCACUGUGAUGUCUGCAGUAUGUCAUUCUCUGACCGAAGUGCUUUGAGUUAUCACAUACGUGUUCAUACAGGGAAGAAGCCAUUUCGCUGUAACAUUUGUGGUAAAUCAUUCUUUGUAAAUGCUACAUUGACUAGACACAUGCGUAUACAUACUGGAGAGAAGCCAUAUCACUGUGAGGUCUGUAGUACAUCAUUCUCUGACCGUAGUGCCUUAAAAUCUCACAAACGUGUUCAUACAGGGGAGAAGUCAUUUCACUGUGAAUUCUGUGGUAAAUCAUUCUCUCAAAGUAACAACUUGAGUAUGCACAAACGUAUUCAUACUGGAAAAGAGCCUUAUCGCUGUGAUGUUUGUUUCACAUCAUUCUCUCGUCGAAGUGCUUUUAAUUUGCAUAUGCGUUUCCAUACAGGAGAGAGGCCAUUUCAUUGUGACAUCUGUGAUAAAUCAUUCUUUCAGAAAGGUAGCUUGACUACACACAAACGUAUUCACACCGGAGAGAAGCCUUAUCACUGUGAUGUCUGUAGUAUGUCAUUCUCUGACCAAAGUGCUUUAAAUUAUCACAUACGUGUUCAUAGAGGGGAGAAACCAUUUGACUGUAAGAUUUGUGGUAAAUCAUUCUUCGUAAAUACUACAUUGACUACACACUUACGUAUUCAUACUGGAGAGAAGCCAUAUCACUGUGAUAUCUGUGGUAAAUCAUUCUCUCAGCGAAGUGCCUUAAAUUCUCACAAACGUAUUCAUACUGGAGAGAAGCCAUAUCGCUGUGAUGUCUGUGGUAAAUCAUUCGCUCAGCAGAGUUCUUUAGAUUCUCACAAACGUGUUCAUACAGGGGAGAAGCCAUUCCACUGUGAAUUCUGUGGUAAAUCAUUCUCUCAAAGUAAUACCUUGAGUUCACACAAAUGUAUUCAUACCGAAGAGAAACUCCAUCCUUCUGUCUGUGGUAGGCCAUUCACUCAACAUAGCAAAGUAACUUCUCCCAAACAUGAUCAUAAAGGGAAUAAGCAAUAUCACUGAUAUUUGUGGUAAACCAUUCUCUCUAAGUGGUGACCUAACCUUAUGCCAUGCAGAUAAUUCUGUUGAAUGUGAUUUUUAUUUAUUCACAUUAGUUUCACUUUGUCAUGCAUUAACUCACAGCUUUCAAAUUUUGAUGAUAUAUUGUUUAUUUUAAAAAUGACACUGUACUGUAAGAGGUCAACUCUGGCUAGUUUGAGCAUUAAAUUGGUAGAAUAAUUAGGCCAAAUAUGGGUGGUUUUAAAUGCUAAAGGGUUAACACUAGAAGUACCAACAUUUCUUCUUACAAAUCUCAAAGUGGUCAUUUUUGACUGCCAUUGAAAAUCUUUAUUCAAUAGAAUUUAUUUUAAAUAUGAGCAAAUGCAGUGAAUAAAGGAUUUGAAAAUACAGUCUUUUAGCAUUUAUUUACAUGCAAAAAUUAUAUAUCUAUACACAUAUAUAUGAAAUGAUGCUCAUGAUUGCACAUUCAAUACAGUUGCAGAAAUUAAAAAGUAAUAAGCAAAAGCGGUGAUACAUGACAGCUCAGUUAUUGCCAUGGAAAAUGCCCACAACACUCCCACUAAUUUAAGAGGAACUCAAAAUGCUUAUUGUUCUUAUGAAUUGUUACAUUGAUAGACAUACAUGUAUAUGAAUAGAUAAACAUUUAGUUAACACAAGUACCGAGCUGUCAUGUAUCACCACUUUUGCUUUUUACUUUUUAAUUUAAUUAAUCCCCAGUUACCUCUGCCAGGAAUCUUACAGUCAGUGGUUCAACCCCACUAAACGUCUCAAAUCUCACAGGAAAGAAAAUGUAGUUGGUCGACAGAUCGCGGUACUUCAGGAUUUUGUUCCGCUCGGCUGCAGAAGCUUCAGAUCUUUCCCUGGCCGCAGCAUCCAGGAUAUGAGAAGUAAAGGAGUCGCUAACUGUGACAUCCUCUCAACCUCUGGCAUAGGGUGAGGCCGUCAGGUCUUUCUCCAUCACAUCUGGACAACCCAGAUAGUACCAAGACAGAUAGAACGUUUGCCCCGGCUGAGCUCCUCUUGAGUAUAAGGUUUUAGCUCCAUGUGACACGCAAAGCGACCAUCAUUCAGGCAGAAUGAAAACUGUGGCGGCCUGUGAAGUCGAGGCUUCAUUACAGGAAACCCAGUGAAGAUAAGUGAAAUACUUAUGAACUGUUUGAAUGUGUGUUCAAUACUCCUCUAGGACACAGGCAAGUGAACAAACCAGAAGAUUUGUUUGCCACUUUACCUGUAAUGAAAGAGGUGAAAAUUGAUUACAUCAACAUUAAAGAAGAACAUGUAACACUGGCCAUAGAUCAGGUUGACACAAAGUCAGCUGCUAGUGCUGAUGGAUUCUCAUCAAAAUGAAAAUAUUCUACAGAACAGAUAUAUAAGAUUGUUUCUGUAAAUCUAUGGUAGAAUUCCUCUGAUAUAUUUACUCUGAAAUGUGUUAUUAGCAAACUUUCUGGACAUCACCGGCUGGAGUGUCUACAAGAUGAGUCUGGUUGCAAAUUAAACUUGGAUAAAUUUACUAAAGAGUUUUGGGACAAAGGUGACACUGGACAGAAAUACAGCUGUUAAAAUAUUUGUAAACAAAAGAUUAUAGAAGCUAAAGUUUGUAUAUUGUGAUUUUUAAAGCAAAAGAAUGAGAAAGUAAAGGAACAGAUUUUUCCUGAAGAUAAGAAGAAAAGGACACGAAAAUUGUCACAUGACUGCGAUGUCUGUAAAAAGUCAUUCUCGCAAAAGGGCAGAUUGAAUAAACACAAAUGUGUUCCUACAAUAGAAAAGCCAUUUUACUGUGGCAUUUGUGGUAAAUCAUUCUCUAACCAAAACGAUUUCAAUUCUCACAAAUGUGUUCAUACAAGGAAGAAGCGAUUUUGCUGUGACAUUUGUGGUAAAUCAUUCUCUGCAAGUGGUAAAUUGACUAGUCACAAACGUAUUCAUACUGGAGAGACGCCAUAUCACUGUGAUGUCUGUGGUAAAUCAUUCUCUGACCGAAGUGCUUUCAAUUGUCAUGAACGUGUUCAUACAGGAGAGAAGCCAUAUCAGUGUAACAUCUGUUGUAAAUCAUUCUCUCAAAAAAGUGCUUUAACUUCUCACAAACGUAUUCAUGCAGGAGAGAAACCAUAUUCUUGUAAUAUCUGCGGUAAAUCAUUCCCUCGCAACUAUGCUCUAACUGAUCAUAGACGGGUUCAUACAGGAGAGAAGCCAUAUCAAUGUGACAUCUGUAACAAAUCUUUCUCUGCCAGUCGUACCCUAACUACUCAUAAACGUAUUCAUACAGGAGAGACACCAUAUCACUGUGAUAUCUGUGGUAAAUCAUUCUCAAAGUGGCAACUUAUCUUCUCACAAACGUUUCCAUACAGGAGAGAGACCAUAUUCUUGUGAUAUCUGUGGUAGGUCAUUCUCUCAAAGUGGCAACUUAGCUUCUCACAAACGUUUCCAUACAGGAGAGAAGCCAACACCACUGUGAUAUCUGUGACAAAUCAUUCUCUCAAGGUAAUGACUUCACUAUUCACACACAAUUUUGUAGCAGAGAGAAGCCAUAUCCUCGUGAUAUCUGUGGUAGGUCAUUCACUCAACAUAGCAAAUUAUCUUCUCACAAAUGUGUUCAUAAGGGGAAGAAGCAAUCCCACUGAUAUUUGUAGUAAACCCUUCUCUGUAAGUGGUGACUGAGCCCUUUACCAUGAAGAUUAGUCUCUCAAAUGUGAUGUUUAUUUAUUCACAUUAUUUCCAAUUUGUCAUGCAUUAACUCACAGCUUUUAAGUGUUGAUGAUGCGAUUGUGUAUUUUCAGAAUGACAUUGCAGGGUAGGUGUAAGAGACCAACUCUGGCUAGUUUCAACAUAAAAUAGGUAGAAUAUUUGGGCCAAAUAUGGUUUAAAUGCUGAAGAGUUAACACUAAAAGUAUCAACAUUUCUUUCUUCUUACAAGGACCAUAACGAUAAUUUUUGUCUGUCAUUGAAAAUCUUUAAUACAAUAUAUUUUAAAUAUGAGCAAAUGCAGUGAAUAAAGGAUUUAAAAAUGCAUUCUUUUAGCAUUUAUUCACAUGCGAAAAAUAUAUAUCUAUAGACACACAUAUAUGAAAUGAUGCUCAUGAUUGCACAUUCAAUACAGUUGUAGAAAUUAAAAAGUAAUAAGCAAAAGUGAUGAUAAAUGACCGUUUGGUACUUCUAACAUUAACUAAAUGUGUAUCUGUUCAUAUAGAUGUGUGACUAUCAAUGUGACAAUUCAUAAGAACUAUAAGCAUUUUGAGCUCCUCCUAAAAUGGUGAUAGUGUUGUGGGCUUUCUCCAUGGCAGUAACCAAGCUACUCAUCAGAGAAUUGUUGUAAUUGUUAAAGUUCCUUGUAUGCCAAAAAAAGAAAAAAAGUGGGAGACACUCUCUCUAAGUGUAAAUGUAUUCACACAGAAAUGGAGAAAGAACAGUGUGUGAUAACAACCUCCCAACUCUAUAGUUUAUGUCACCACAUCUCAGGUAACGUACCUGUGGGAUAUUUUUUUAAAAUUAAAGUAAUUUCCUCCAGAUUUUGAAUUUGUUUUGCAUGAAUUUUAUUAAAACCAGUAGGUGUGGCUGUGUGGUAAGGAGCUUAAUUCCCAAUUACAUCUUUCUAGGAUCCGUCCCACUGCAUGGCACUUAGGGCAGAUCUUUUCUACUAUAACCCCAGGUCAAACAAACCCUUGUGAAUGGGUUUGUUAGAGGGAAAUUGAAAGAAACCCAUCAUUUAUAUAUGUAGCAAGUAGAUACUGGUUUCAUGCAAAUGACACCCAUGCCAGCAUGGAUAACAGGCAUUAAAUGAUGAUGACAAUGGGCGUAUUUUGGGAUUGUCAACAUUGAUCACAUGAUUAGGGUUGGACUAAAUCCAUUCCAAAGAUCAAAUGGUCUUAACUAGCCAAUCAGUGUUUUAGCAAGUGUUUUUAUCCUAAAGCAGAAAAAUUCUCUUCUUGCCCACCAAAUUGUUAUGUAAGGAAUGGUUCCUCACUCUUUUGAGCAGAGAGAAAAAGGGAGAAAGAGAUGAGAUCAGAACAACCGACGCUGCCCAACACACAGAUCCAAGCCAUGAACUUGCUACAGAAUUUCAACUAUGAUACAACUUCCACUGUUCCAGAUAGAGUUCCUUAAAAUUUGUCAAACCAGUUACUUCACAAUAUGUAAGACAUUUGCCAUGUAUUUUUAUAAGGGGUUGUAAUAAAUAACAGUUGCAUUGAAUUUA